AAGAAAAAUAAAAACACAUACACACACAAAGUUAGAGACAGAGAGAGACAAUAAGCCUUAAAAAUUUGGUCUUUUUCUUUUCUUUUCUUUGUUCAUUCAUCAAAAAGAGCAGAAAGGGACAAGAUCCCCAAAAGCCGUGUCCAUCUUCAGAGUCAAUUUCAUUGUCGUACGCUUGUUGGGUCGUUGAGUUUGAAGCCAUUGAAGCAUAAGAAGAAGAAAGAUGUAUCCUAGAUUGAUACACCCUCAUGAAGGUAUUGUUGUUGGACAAGAUGAUUUGCAAGGUGGUGGUGUCUCUAAUCAUAAGGGUGACCCUUGUCUUGUUUUGACUGCUGAUCCAAAACCUCGUCUUCGUUGGACUCAAGACCUUCAUGAACGUUUUGUUGAUGCUGUUACUCAGCUUGGAGGUCCUAGUAAAGCUACACCAAAAGCAAUCAUGCGGACCAUGAAUGUCAAGGGUUUGACUCUAUUUCAUUUAAAGAGUCAUCUUCAGAAAUACAGACUCGGUAAGCAAUCCGGAAAAGAUAUAGGGGAGGGAUGCAAAGAUGGGAUGACAGGUUCCUAUCUUUUAGAAAGCCCUAGCACUGAUAACUCGUCUCCAAAGUUGCCUACUUCCGAUACAAACGAGGGUUAUGAAAUCAAGGAGGCAUUAAGAGCACAAAUGGAGGUUCAAAGUAAACUACAUUUGCAAGUCGAGGCAGAGAAGCACUUGCAGAUUCGCCAGGAUGCGGAGCGAAGAUACAUGGCUAUGCUUGAAAGAGCGUGCAAGAUGUUGGCUGAUCAAUUUAUCGGUGCUACGGUUAUAGACACAGACAGCCAAAAGUUCCAAGGAAUUGAAAAUAAAGCACCAAGAGGUUCCUUGGUCGAUCAUCUUGGUUUUUACUCCUUGCCACCAUCUACUGAGGUGGCUGGAGUAAAUGUUCAGGAAGAAGAAAUACCUCCAACUCUCCCACCUCAAAGAGCCGACUGUUCAACCGAAAGUUGUUUAACUUCGCACGAGAGCUCUGGAGGAUUGACUUUAGAAGGAACUCCAAGUGCGGGAAAAAGGAGAAUGCUCGGCAUGGACUCAAUGACAGCACCUUUGAUUUGGAGUGAAGCUAAGAUGAAAACUCAAGCCAUCAAUUUAGGUCAAGGUAAUCAUCCUCUUGGAAUAUCGAGGUAUGGCGGCUUGUAAGCAUGGAAGAUUCUACUUGAUGGUUCAAUAUCUCAUAAUAUAGAGAUACCAUUGUGCUUCAUUCCUUUUCAUAUCUUACCUCUAGUAAGUUAGUGAGGAACAAAGAUGAGGAAUCAAUUUUAUCCAUUUUGUAAAUUCAAACUACUCCAUGGCUUUAAACAUUGCAUAAAACUAGCUUUGACUAUACACAAUGGUGUCUUUUAGUUAUUUUAUGGAUAUCUUAAUUGGUUUUUGCAUCA